AAUUUUGUUUUCAGUCUAUUUUCAUACCCAAAAAGAAAGUUUAUCUUUAGACUGCACUAAACAUGUGUAUUUUACGGUACCCAAUAGAACUUGAAUCGAAAUCUGAACUGAAAUAGUAAAUAUCCAAUCAAAUUUUAUAUUGAACAAGUCUGGAUAUCCGAACUAGAUCAAAUAUAGCUGAAACUCGAAGCAUUAUCGAACAUAACCAAACUUAACUCUGAAUCCAUGAAUGCAUAGUAUGAGAUCCGAAGAUUACACCCUUUCUCCCAUUUCUUUUUCUUUUGUCAACAAAAUUAACCCUUUCUCCCGUUUAAUCUGUAAAAAUAUGGCUGAGUAUUGAAAAUAUCUCCUCUUUACUUUUUAUUCUCUUUGGUCGGGAGUGAAUCAGCUCCAAUCCAUCUCUUUGAUUUAAACUUAGUUUGAGGGAGAGACAAAUCUUUGAUAUGUAUAAUCUGGUUUUGAAAGUUUUUGUGUGUUUCGUACUCAUGAUGACAUAAAAUCACGUGUGGUCUCUUAAAAAUUUUGGUUUGUGAAAUUAAAUCAAGGAAUUUGUGAUCGCAGACACCAUGAUCUACAAAUACAACAAUUUUUUUAAAAAAAAUUAAUUACAUAGUUUGCAUUUUUUUGGUUGUGCCUGAAAUAACUGAAUCCGAAGUAAAAAUAUCUGAACCCGAUCUGAUUUGUAAAAAUAGCCAGAUGAGUACGUGCUAAGGUAUUUCAAGACCUAUAUUGAAAUACCUGAUUUGAAUCCGAAUGGAUACGAAGCAUCCCUCCCUAAAUUACAUUUCCUUUUAAAAUUAGUGUUGAGUGAACCUUUUUAUAUAUCCGGCAAAUUAAAAAAAUAAGAAAAAGAAAAAUUAAGACUACAAAGAUAUAAAAUUUAAUAUUAUUAAUGUAUUAUAAACUCUAAAUAAUAAUAGUAAAUUGAUAUUUUAGUCUUAAGUUGAAUUUAUCGAUAAUAAAUCAUAAAUUAUAUGAAAAUAUAUUAUUUAUUUAAAAUUAUCAGUUAUUAAUUUAUAUCCAUAAAACAUCAAAACACCAGUCAUUCAAAGUUCAAUAUAUUGAUAAAAAGAAAAAUGAAAACAAAUUUUAGUAAGAAUAAAAUUAUAAAAACUAAUUAAUACAUAACCAUAAGAUUAACAUUGUUUUAAAUAAAAUAUUUUUAACAAAAAAUAAAUUAUAAAUUAAUUUAAAUAAUAAUAACUCUAAAAUUCAUAAAAUAUUUUAGUCCAAAUUUAAAUUUAUAUGAUUUAAGUUUCAUGAAUUUAAUUUUCUCUCUGUCCUGCUCACAUCCGUGAAAAUGUAAUUUUAAGAUUACACCUCAAAAAUAUUAUUUUGGUUGUCUAAAGAAAUACAUGGGUUUAUCAAGAUGGUUCACAAAGUCUUAAUUGAGUCUAUAUGUAGAUGACAAAAAAAACAUCACAUAAUAAUAAGAUUUUUACUUUUACUAAUGAUAAUGUAUAUAAUGUUCAGAUUUUCACUUCAGGCUCGGCCGAAGUUCGAGGGGUUAGUUCCAGUCUAGAUGGUGAGGCUCAGGCUUUUAUGUACGCACUACAUAACAUUUGGACUAAGGGACGGAGGUAUUUUUGGUUCGAAGGGGCUAAUCUUGAACUCACCAAUAUUAUCAAUACUCAUGAACAAGGGUAAUGUAUUAUCUGACAUUAUAUAUUGGAUCGGAAUGUUGCCGGAGUGUUCUCUUGAACAGGUGAUGAAUAGAGAAAGAAAUCAAGCGGCUGACGUAAUUGCUAAGAAGGAAAAAAAAUAUUUUUUGCUAAGAAGGCUCUUGUUGGCAUAAACCUGUACUCUGAGUUUCAUAACUGUUUGGUUAAUUGAUUAUAUGUAUCACCCCUUUACAAUAUAAUUUUAUAAAGUUACUGUUGUUAAAAAAAGAGAGUAAACAAUAAUGGAUCAAUUUCAGUAAGCCGUCAUAACGAAAAUCACGCCAAGUUUUACGUUCAAUAAUCACGUCUAUGUAUCACCCCUUUACAAUAUCAUAUAUUGUUUUCAAUCGUGAGAUUAAUUAAGAUUUCAACGGUGUAGAUCAGUUGAUUGGCCUCCAACGGCCAAGCAAACCACCAUUAACGUACAAGUUUCCUCAUCGAUACGAUAAAACGAAGAUCCAAUAUAAUUCCAGUUCACCUUGUUUUAGGGGUAAAGAAGAAAUAGUUACAUAGUACGACAGCCAAAAUUUCGACCACAUGUAACUUUGGGCCUAAGCGGUAACCGUCACCCAGGACCCAGUUCGAAGUAAAACAAAAACAAAAGACUUCACGUAGUGUCCUAUAAGUUGGGCUACUAGAGACUAAUAUAUGACACCGUGGCUUAAAACUGUUGGUACGUAGUAGAGUCCUUCACGGGUUUCGAUCAAAAUGAUAAGUCUAUAAGAGCAAGAGCAUUAGAGGUUUAAGAGGGAGGUUCACACGUUUUACGAGAAAAAAAAUAUUAAAAAAAGUAAAAGUGAUGAACUCGCCCCUUCUCACCUCUUCUGCAAGAUACCCUCUCUCCUAAAAUUCAUCACUGUAGCGCGGGCUCCACGACACAUGCGGUCAAUUUUUUUUUUUUUUCAAAAAAAAAAAAAAUCAAAAUGAAAAAAAUAAAAAAUUUAAUAAUAAAAAAUUAAGAAGAUGAAUCCCAAAGAGGGUUCAUUGAUGCUCAUGCUCUAAGUAACACUAAGUAGUAACUCAAUAGUUACUUAUUAUUACAAUGGCAAUUCUUGUCUUAGAGCGAUGUUACAUUAUCAUGAACUUACUCUUUGUUCUAUUGAACUCUGCUCAUUGCUUUAACCCAAAAAGACUCAAUGUUUCGGCAGAAGCGGGGGGUUCCGAUUGGUCUCAAGCCGGAGCUACAUUCUAUGGCCUCCCCACUGGCUACGGAACCGAUGGUGGAGCGUGUGGUUAUAAAAAUGCUGUGGCACAAGCUCCGUUUUCGUCCAUGGUAUCAGCCGGAGGUCCGUCUUUGUAUAAAUCAGGGAGAGGAUGUGGUGCAUGUUAUCAGAUAAAAUGCACUUCGAACCAGGCGUGUUCGACGAAUCCGGUUACGGUAGUGAUUACAGACGAAUGUGGACAAGGAUGCCUCACAGAGUCGGUUCAUUUCGAUUUGAGCGGUACAGCGUUUGGUGCGAUGGCCGUUCCCGGUCAAGAUAGUCAGCUUCGAAACGCAGGAGUUUUGCAGAUUCUUUAUAGAAAAGUUGAGUGCAACUACAUUGGCAAAACGGUGGUGUUUCAAGUGGAAGAAGGUUCAAAUGCCUACUACUUCGCGGCUUUGGCUGAGUAUGUAAACGGAGACGGCGAAAUAGGCCUAGUUGAACUCAAACAAGCGUUAGCUUCUGACACAUGGCUUCCGAUGAGCCACUCACCGAGUGCGGUGUGGAAGCUUGAAGAUACAUCACCUUUGCGAGCUCCACUGUCUCUUCGGUUGACUUAUCUAGACUCUGGCGAGACCGUUGUGGCUUCUGAUGUUAUACCGGCCGGUUGGCAGCCCGGUGCAAAGUACGAAUCGAACGUAAACUUUCAAGUCUAGCCAGAUAUAAAUACGCAUGCAGCUAUGUUGGUUUUUAAAUAAUUAUAUGUAUACGCCCCCUAGGGCGAAAUAAAAAUUUGUGUUAAAUUUCAUAUGGUGUAUUGGUAUAACGAUAAUUAGUCACUUGUAUGAUAACAUAAUCAAUGUAAAAUCAAGUGGCUGAAGUAAUUGCUAAGAAGGCGAAGGCUCUUGUUGGCCUAAACCUGUACUCUGAGUUUCAUAACUUUUUGUAUAAGGCCGGACAGUCCAUGGCUAAUGGGCCCGUUCUCUUGGUCUGGUCUGUGGGCUCCAUUCCAUCUGACGGGCAGUGCAUUAGUUUUUCGAAAUCUCGAAAUUAUUAUUUACUGACCCUGCAAUCACCACUAGAUCUUUUUCCAUGUUUUGGCUUGAUUUGUACGGUGUCGCAAAUCACUUUUCCAUGGGUCACCUAUCUUUUCACUAUUCUAGCCCAAACACAGUUAAAUCAACUUUGGUGAUAUAGAUAGUCAAAUCAAAUCUCUUUCCACAUAUCACAACUUGAAAUGUUACAAUUCACCUCCUCUCAAAGAACGCAACGCCUUUGUUGCACCCCAAGACAUGUUUCAAGACGCCUCUCAGAUCAGAGUUAACUAAUAUAGAUUUAUGAUUUAGAGUUAAGAGGUGAAGUUUUGAGGAUAGAGUUUCAAAAAAUUUUAGAAAAAAAAAUCUUAAAACUUUCAAAAUAAAAAUUGGCUAUUUUGAUCAUUUUUUUCUUUAAAACUAUUUUCCUGACAAAAAAAAUUAAAAAAACUACGUAAAAGAAUUGCCAUGCAUUAUAUCAAAGGGGGGUUUUGUUAACUAUCUAUAAUUUGUUAAUGUUAAUUUUCACGUUCUUAAAAUAUGCUUUCCGUUUAGAGAGUUGGGAAGCUUACAUUACUUCCAUAAGUACCAAAACUGAAAUGCCAAUUUUUGGAAUAAAAUGAUGUGAAAUUCUCUAUUCCAUUUAUACCAUAAAUUGUUGUACCAUUUGUAAUGAAUGAAAUAUAAUAUUUAUUCCAUCAAUUCCAUAAAAAAUAAAAAAAUUCAAAGAAACUUAUUUCAUUCCAAUUUUAAUCAUGAAUAAAUAGAAUGAAAUAUAUUCCAUGUUUCUCUAUAUUCCAUUCCUUUUUAUCCUACUAAUUCCAUUUUACAUUUCUACAUCCUUAUAUUGCCAAGUAUGUGAUUUCUUAUACACUGAAUCCUAAGAACUACUCCCAAAAACACACAAUAAAGAGAGAUCCGGAUACCUGAAUUAUUAAAGAAAAAAAAAAAAACACACACACUAUAAAUAUCCACUAUCAUAUUAUGAAUCGAAUUCACAUCUAGCUAUUGGUAUUACAGAAAUUUCUUUAAACAACAAAGUUAGAUCAUAAAAUGGCACCAUUCCAUAGAUUCUUGGCUCUUUUAGCUCUUUUUACAGUCUCGUUUAAGUUUUGUUAUUGCCAGAAUGAAACAAUAAAUGCCGCUGGCUGGGCCGACGCAGACGCUGGUGCUACUUGGUACGGUGAACCAGAGGGAGCAGGUAGCACCGGUACGUAUUAUUAAAAUUUGAAACUACAUAUAUAUAAAUAUUUUAUCUUCAAAAAAUAUGUUUGUUUGAUAAUGUAAAUAUAUGUCAACAGGAGGAGCUUGCGGAUAUGGUGUGGCAGUGGCCAAUCCACCGCUAAACGCGAUGGUUUCAGCCGGAGGGCCUUAACUAUUCAACAAUGGAAAAGGAUGUGGAACAUGUUAUCAGAUUAUGUGCACCGUGAAUCCAGCAUGUUCAGGGAGCCCAAUAACGGUGACGAUAACGGACGAGUGUCCAGGUGGUCCUUGCGCCUCUGAGCCAGUUCAUUUUGACCUUAGUGGCAAAGCCAUGGGAGCCUUAGCCAAACCUGGCCAAGCCGCUCAACUACGAAGCGCUGGUCCUGUAAGUGUUAGUUACAGACGUGCUGCGUGUUUAUAUCAAGGAACUGAAAUAGCUUUUCAUGUUGAUGCCGGUUCUACCCCGUUCUACGUGGCAUUCGUUGUGGAAUACGAAAACGGUGAAGGAGAUUUGGCGUCCGUUGAGAUUCAACCGGCCAGCGGAGGAUUUAUGCCCAUGCAAGAAAUGAGGUCCGCCGAGUGGAAGUUAAACUCCGGCGGUCCACUGAGCGGGCCGUUCAACAUUAGACUUACAUCUGGCGAGUCUCGUAAAGUAGUGGUAGCUCAGGCUGUUAUUCCGGCGGAUUGGAAGCCUGAUCAGACGUACAGGUCGAUUGUUAACUUCUAGGGUGUUCUUUUUUGUCAAAUUGUAGUUCCUAAGCUAAUAAUUGUUUAAUUAAAAAAAUAAGAAAUGCAUAUUGAGAUAUCAGUAUGAGCCCAUAUAAUUAGAACGUUAAGUUCAAGACUUUUGCCAUAGUGGUCUCUUAAAAUGACGAAGAAUGUUAUACAUGCAGAGACGUCAAACAAAUUACAGUGAAACUCUUAAUUGCAAGUUUUUUACAGUUUUAAGUUGUUUAACAAUCUCUCAUCAAGACCAUACUAGAACCUAUUAACAGAGUCAUUACGAUAAUCA